AUGAUGUCGAACCAAAGUUACGAAGACCUGCCCUACUGGGACACAUGCACUUCUGAUCCUAGCUUUGUCUGCGAAAAGCCGAGUCCUUUGAGAAUCGUGAAAGCUGACGAGAACAUGAAUAAGCGGGCCUUUAUGUCUAAUGCAGAGUUACCACUGGCGCCUCAUGCAAUAAGCCAAGAAGAGGAGUCGCCACUCUUCAGAACAAGUCCACCUGUGGCACUGACUGAGCCCUUCGAGACACUGCCCCGGCCAAGGCUAGAGCGUUGGUCAACACCACAGAUUACCAUCACACCUGAGGCCACCGCCAUCGAAGAAGGCUGCCAUAGAUUUUGGGUGGCUAUCGAGGUCUCAAGAGUACGCAAGAAGACACCUUUCUGGAACAAACAGGUACUGACGGCAUACAAAGCAGGGGAGAUCUCCGACGAAGAUGGCGGUCUCGGUGAUUUGGACGUCCAAAUUCUGCCAACGGAAGAAUCCUCGGUUAUUCGAAUUCUCCAGGAGCAGCCCUUUCCCAUUCACCGCUUGGACCCCGGAUCAAGCAUCUUUCUUCUAGCUCAAGUGCAGGUCCAUGUCUCAAAGGGCAUGCGGCGAUGCAAACAGAAGUGUUCACGGUUAGAAUCGGACAACCUGAUGGAGGCGCUUAAGGAGGAGUUGGGUGAUUCUACCGUGAGCUACAUGACCGUGCGGCUGUCAUAUCGAAAUUCGGCAUUUCCCAUGUGUCAAGAUAUGGGGAUUGUGGAGGAUGACACGUUCAGCAUGCACAGCAAGAUUAAGACGGUAGCCACAGCCUCCGUGAAACUCCACAAUGCCAUGUCGUUUUGGUCUCCUCCUCCGGUUUCAAGAUCCAACCCACUAUUACCACUGGUAGAGAGACACUGGGGGGCCACCAGCGCCAGGAAGGUCAUGACACAAAUUUCUGCAGCAAAAUACGGUCCCAAGGACUCAGAGCAAACGGACUAUUUGCAACAGAAGCAUCCAGAAAAAAAGGGUUAUAGCACACAUGGAAAGCCCACUUGGAAUCAUAGCCCUGCGCCUCGGGUUCCCCCCAGAAAGGCAAGCCUUCAACGAGACUGCACUGAGGUCGAUCUCGAUGAUAGAGAAAAACAGCCUCAGUCUCUGAUGAGAUUGAGACAAGGGUCAUCCAGAUGUGGUAGCUAUGCGUCAAGCUACUUGUCGAGGCAGAGUCGUGAAGGUCUGCCAGGGUCGAGAACCUUUAGGGGCGCGGGGGUGAACAAUUCGGCCCAUACACGACCGAAAGAAGAGCACAGCCAAGAUGGAAGUGAUAUUCCUGCUACUCAGAGCCGAAGAACCGUUUCUGGCAAAUCUGACAGCAGCACGUUAUGGAAGAGGCGGUCACUCGGCGCUGACACCCUCAGGGGCUUAUUGCCUUUGAUGGCGGGUUUGUCCAUAACGACAAGGGAGCAGGAAGUGGAGGAGUCCCGAGCAGUAUUGCCAGCGCGUAGUAGAGGCAAAAAGGAGGCGAGCAAAUGGGGAUGGGCGUCAUGGUUCUAG